CGGUCCCUGCUGCUCGCUGCCACGCACGGCCCCGGGGACAUGGGGGGGCUGGGACCCACAGCGGGACCCACGGCAUGGGGCACUGCGACCGCCUGCCACGCCUCCAGGUCCCAGCACCAUCCCCGAGGGACGCCGGGCUCGGCGUGGCUCUGGAUCCUGAUCCUGCUGACCGCCUGCGCACCCGCCGCCGGCACCAACCCCGGCAUCAAGGCCCGGCUGACCCGCAGGGCGCUGGAAUUUGGCCGGCGGUUUGGGCUGGAGCUGCUCCAGUCGCUGCUGCAGAAGGAGCACGAGCUGGACCUGAGGGGCUCCUACAACAGCCCCCUCCUGGGGACGCUCACCUACGCCGUGCCCCGGAUCCGCGUCCUCGAGCUGCAGAUGAACGACUCCACCGUGGACUUUGCCGAGGACGUGGGGGUGAGGCUGACGGUGCAGCGCGCCCGCGUCCAGCUCAGCGCCGACUGGGGAGCCCAGCUGGGCGCCAUCCAGGACACGGGCUCCGUCGAGCUCCACGUGCGUGACCUGGCCGUGGCGGCGGUGCUGGGGGUGAGCGCGGACGGCGGCGGCCGCCCCACGGUGUGGAGUGCCGGCUGCGACGCCCACAGCGCCGACCUGCACGUGGAGUUCCACCGCGGACACAGCUGGUUCUACAACCUCCUGGCACCGCUGCUCCAGAGAGCCCUGCGGCAGCAGCUGAACAAACAGCUCUGCCUCGAGCUCCGCAGGGGCAUCCUUAGGCUGGACGCUGCCCUGAAGCACAUGAAAGUGUCCACCCAGCUGGACGCCUUCGCUGCCAUCGACCACUCCCUGCUGGGGCGGCCGGCCAUCGCGGCGGGGCACGGGGAUGUCGCCCUCAAGGGGGAGUUCUUCAGGGUGGGCAAGUGCCAGCAGAGACUCCCAUCAGUGCUGCCCACGGCGCUGCCCGUGGCGCUGCCCGUGGCACCGCCCGUGGCACACGAGCCCAUGCUGCUGCUGGCUGUCACCGAGCUCGUCGCCAACUCGGCCGCCUUCACCUACUUCACAGCCGGGGCUCUGCGCAAGAACAUCUCCAGCGACAUGCUCCCACGGGGGUUCCCGCUUCAGCUGAGGACCAAGAGCCUGGGGCUCUUCGUCCCGCAGUUGCAGGAGCACUACCCGGACCAGCCCAUGGAGCUGCACCUCACGGCCCGCCGGCCGCCCCGGCUCUCCUGCCACCCCGACGCCCUGCGCGGGGUCCUCUCCGGCUCCGCUGAGGCUUUCGUGGUGCUGCCCAACGCCACCCGAGUCCCCGCUUUUCUGCUGAGCAUCGACACCAACGUGACAGGGAAGCUCACCCUCACCGGGAACAGGCUCGGGGGCACCGUGAAGCUGACGGGGCUCAGCGUGGCGCAGGUGACGUCGCACGUGGGUCCCGUGGAGGUGAAGAGGCUGGAAACCACGCUGAAGUUCGGGCUGUGGCUUUUCGGGGUGCCCUGGGUAAACAAGCGGCUCCAGGCUGGCUUCCCCCUGCCCACCCCCCACGGCCUCAGCCUGCUCGACCCCCGGCUCUCGCUGCAGGAGGGCUUUGUGCUCAUCGCCACGGACCUGCAGUACGAGCCAUGAGACCAGUUGCAGCGUGGGAACCCACCAGUCCCCCACGAGCCACCCUGCAGGGGGGGGACACCCACAGACACCCCCCCCACUUACCGGGGGGGUCCUCGGCAGGGAUUAAAGCAGGGAGCGUGGCUCAGCCUUGGGGUGGUGACUCGGGGACCCCCUCGCAGCCGCCUCCCCCCCCCCAGGUCGGGGUCCCAUUCCCGGCUCCGUGUUGGGGCACCCCGGCUGCGUGGGGUCCCGUGGGGGGCUGGUGGGCUCUCGAGGACCGGGAGACACCCCCAACCCAGACCUCGAGUGGGGUGCUGGCCGUGCGCCCCCCCCCUCCCCCCGCAGCCCGGUCGCAGCGGCAGCUCCACGGCAGCUUCCCCCGUCGCCCACGGGAUGGAGCUCGUGUCCGUGGCCUCCCACGGCCCCGCUCUGUCCCCCGCGACGCUCCGGCCCGCCCCUUGCACACCACGGCGGGGGGGUGUCGUAGGGAAGGCUGAGCCACGCAGGGAGCAGCCUGGGGAGGGGACACGCACACACCCACGGCUCGGUGUCCCCUACAUUUGGGGCAUCCCCAACAAGCCCCACUGUUUGUGGGGCCGGGCCCACCGGUCUGGGGUUCAAAGACCACCGAAAUGAGCCCCCCCCCCGCGAGGGCUGGUAGUGCUGGGGGGAGGUUUCCCCUUUCCCCAACGCAGCGGUGGCAGAGCGAGGGGCGAGGGGCAGCUUUGGGAAUGGGGUGGGGGGGUGUUGUGGGACCCAGUGAAGCGCCCACUGGGACACGGGGUUGCAAGCCCCCACCCCAAUAUGACAGUGGAUGCUCCCCACGGCCGGGUCCCCACUGGUGCUGAGCCCACGGCCCCAAAAUCAGCACCCCCCCAGCCCAGCUGUGAGCCUGGCUCGGGCUGCCCUGUCCCCACAGCCCCGUAACGAGGACACGGGACGAGGAUUCGGGCCCUGGUCAGGAGCAGACGGGACGGGCAGGGGUCUGCCCCCGUGAUGGAGCUGCCCCUCCCCAGCACCAUCCCCCUGGGACAACAGCAACAACCCCCCCGCCCCGCCAUGGAGCACCCCAACCCUUCCCGGGGCUGGGAGAGGACCCAUCUCCC